AUGUCUGAACUACCGCCUCUACGCAAAGACCCCUAUGCCCUAGCGUAUCGAUACAAGGAAUACAUGACCAAAUACCCUCGUCGACGCAAAGAAAGCCGCAAUCCAUACUACGACAAGCUACUUGCCAAUCUGCCAGAUCCCGCUGAAGACGCAAUGGAUAAUCGUUCGCGAGCCAUCCGAUAUGCAAAGAAGCAUUAUGAAUGUUACUACGAAAUCAGAGAUAUCCGGCGAAUCGUUGCAUGGCUGCCGCCGGUUGAGGAAGAGAGCUCGAGCUAG